UGAAUGGUUCAAUGUUAUUGGAUUGUAAAAAUCAAUGUCAAUUGUCUCGUGGAAAAAAUUUAUUUGUUAUUAUUGGCUUUAAUUUUGUUUAUUAGAAUAAAAAAAUUUCACAAUUAUCUCUGCCAUAAUGACCGGAUCAAAUUUAAUUCGUUAUGGUUUGAAUGCAGCAAAAUUGUUCCGUAUAAAACAACGACAAACACAAUUUAUUGCCGUUCGAUCAUGUGGUUGGAUACGUGAUUAUAAACCUGGUCCAUAUCCAAAAACACCAGAAGAACGUGAAGCAGCAGCACGUAAAUAUAAUCUAAUACCUGAAGAUUAUGAUUGCUAUGAAGAGGGAUCGGGUUAUGGUGAUUAUCCAAAAUUACCUGUCGUUUCACAAGAUGCAAUGGAUCCAUAUGAAGAAUAUGAUAACUAUUAUCGUCGACGUAAUUUUGGACAAACGUUACAUCGUGAUUAUGAUAUUUUAACUUCGGAAAAAACAAAUCCAAAUUUGGUUUUUCGUUUUUCACCUUUGGUCAUGUUUUCCGUUUUUAUUGCACCAUUUUUCAUUUUUUCUUUCAUUGCAUGGAUUGAUUACUAUUUUGAUCUACAUUCAUGUAAUCCAAUGAAACCGAAACAAUUUCCUGGUGAUGGUCGAAUUCAUUAUACAUUUGAACCAGUCGAUUAAAAUAUACAUUAAUUAAUUAA